AUGGCUGCACAUACUGACAGCUCGACAGCACCCGGCAUCGCCAGGUAUCGAGCUUCGGUGAUGGCCCUUUCAUCUGUUGACCACCAGAUGAAGGCACAGAAAGAGGUUUUGGUGCCGAUACUCUGGGCAGCAUGGAAAGAUCUGGUGGCAGAGCGCCGGCGGGACGAGACCAUGGACAUCUCCCGGCGCGCGGUCGAGGACGAUGCUCGAAAGGCCCAGCAGGAGGACAAGACGCUUGCACAAGAGGCAGCAAAGCUUCGAGAGACUUAUCGACAUUCCCAGCAGCAGCGGCAGGCGGUGUUUUUGUGGUCCAUUGAGCGUCGGGAUCAGUCCAUGCUGCUGAGAGUGGCUUGGAGUGCAUGGCGCGAGUGUCUCGACGAUCGGAGGAAAACAGAGGUGGAACACGUGCAGACCUUGAAACAGAGGCUGCACGGCACGGACUUCGCGGCGAAGAUCGCUGCAGUCGCGUCCGAGCAGACACCUACAGGGCCUACAGCUGGACCAACGGGUCCAGGAGGUGAUGUGGCUGUGCCAGUCAAACCUGGCUUGUGCGGCCGUUUCUUCCGCUUCUUCGUCGCGCCCAAGCAGCCGCCAAAGCAAAGCGGCCGCCCAGUUUGGACGCCAACCGCGGCGAAAGCCGCGUCCCCACCCGCAGGGCGCCAGCCUGUCCAGGUUCCCGGCAGCGUCCCUGCAGCAGCGGAGAGGUUGGACGAAACAUCGAAGAUUCACCUUAUGUAG